UAUGUAAUCACCUCUAUGCAGGGUAACACACACACAAAGAAAGGCAGCCGGGCCAGCAGCAUUGGUGUAGCGGACACGUCAUGGCUGGCUUCAGGCAAGAGGAUGUGGAGCUGCACUAUGAGAUGGGAGAGGAGCUGGGCAGCGGUCAGUUUGCCAUUGUGCGCAAGUGCAAGGAGAAGAGCUCGGGCUGCGAGUAUGCCGCCAAGUUCAUCAAGAAGCGCCGCCUGUCGUCAAGCCGGCGGGGCGUGAGCCGCGAGGAGAUCGAGCGCGAGGUCAACAUCCUGCGUGAGAUCCAGCACAGUAACAUCAUAACGCUGCACGACAUCUUCGAGAAUAAGACGGAUGUCAUCCUCAUCCUGGAGCUGGUGUCCGGCGGUGAGCUCUUUGACUUUCUCGCCGAGAAGGAGUCUCUGAGCGAGGAGGAAGCCACGCAGUUCCUCAAGCAGAUCUUAGACGGUGUGCACUACCUGCACUCCAAGCGCAUCGCACACUUCGACCUCAAGCCCGAGAACAUAAUGCUGCUGGACAAGAAUGUUCCCAAUCCCAGGAUAAAGCUCAUCGACUUUGGCAUCGCCCAUCAGAUCAAAGCCGGCAAUGAGUUCAAGAACAUUUUCGGAACGCCCGAGUUCGUAGCUCCAGAAAUAGUCAAUUAUGAACCGCUGGGACUGGAGGCCGACAUGUGGAGUAUCGGCGUCAUCACGUACAUUUUGUUGAGCGGCGCUUCUCCGUUUCUGGGUGAGACCAAGCAGGAGACGCUGACCAACAUCUCAGCCGUCAACUACGACUUUGACGAGGAAUACUUCAGCAACACCAGCGAAUUGGCCAAAGAUUUCAUACGACGCCUGCUGGUCAAAGAUCCCAAGAAGAGAAUGACCAUUGAUGACAGUCUUCAACAUCCGUGGAUUAAGGUGAUCAAGCGGCGCAACGUGCGCCAGGAGGACCACGAGCACAAGCCGGAGCGGCGGCGUCUGAAGACCACGCGUCUGAAGGAGUACACCAUCAAGUCGCACUCCAGCAUGCCGCCCAACAACACCUACGUCAACUUCGAGCGCUUCUCGCAGGUCCUGGAGGAAAUCGCGGCGGCCGAGCAGGGCCUGCGCCAGCUGGAGCGCAACCGGCGCUCUUGCCGGGACGACGUGGCCGCGCUUCUGUCCAUCUACGAGGAAAAGGAGGGCUGGUACAAGGAGGAGAGCCGCGGCAUCUCGGGCCAGCUGGGCACCGUUCGCCAGGAGCUGCAGCGCACGCAGGCGCAGCGCAAGAAGAGCCAGGAGGAUGCGCGCGGAACCGCGCAGGCCGCUGGCGCGCUCAAGCGCAAGUUCGGACGCCUGGAGAACCGCUACGAGGCUCUGGCCGAGCAGGUGGCGCACGAGGUGCGCUGGGUGGAAGAGCUGGUGCGCUCAAUCGCCGUAGACAAGGACCGGCAAGAGAGCGCACCUUGAGCUUGCGCUUCGAUGCACUCCUCGCCUUUAAUUUAUUGUUUUACACUUCUUUUUACGGACUGCCCUUUUUAUUCUCAUUUUCCAUUUUUAUGAGCAUCAGCCUUCACUGUCAGCUAUGCAGUGUCUCUGUGCUCACAUGGCCUCACCAACAAGAACUGGAACCAUUUUUUUUUUUUGGUCAUCUUGGCGCACCUCAAACAUUCCAUUUUUUGUUGUUGUUUUUUAACACAUUCCCCACAUUGUAUUGAACACUUUCAGUGAAGUCCCCCCCCCCAACCCACCAUGUACUCGUUGGCACUUAAGAUUAGAGCAACGUUUCAAAAUAUAUAUAUAUACUUUUUUUGUAUAUGUGUAAACAAGCUGACAUCGUUUGACAGCUUUUUCCAAAUAAAACAUUUUUCCUGUAAA